CACCUCCGGUAGGUGAGAAACACCGGUGCGUCAUUUCCGGACUUAGCUCCUUUUUUUCGAGCUUCUGACGGAGUGACCCGCGUGUUUGUACAGUCCCAGAUGAAGGAAUCGAUAAUGAACGCGGAGAAGCUCAGUAAACUGCAGGCGCAGGUCCGCAUUGGGGGCAAGGGGACCGCCCGCAGAAAGAAGAAGGUGGUCCACAGAACAGCUACAGCAGAUGAUAAGAAGCUGCAGUUCUCCCUUAAGAAACUAGGGGUCAACAACAUCUCUGGUAUUGAAGAGGUGAAUAUGUUCACUACCCAGGGCACAGUGAUCCACUUCAAUAACCCAAAGGUUCAGGCCUCCUUGGCUGCCAACACAUUCACAAUCACAGGGCACGCUGAGAACAAGCAACUUACAGAGAUGCUCCCAGGAAUCCUUAACCAGCUGGGAGCCGACAGUCUUACCAGCCUCCGGAGAUUAGCAGAAUCCCUGCCCAGACCAGUUGGAGACAAUAAAGCCCCAGUUGUUGAGGCUGAAGAGGAAGAUGAUGAUGUUCCGGAUCUUGUUGAAAACUUUGACGAGGCGUCAAAGAAUGAGGCAAACUAACCAUCACCCUCGCACAAUUCAAGGCUUCGUUUGAUACACCAUAUUUUGUCACAUCAGCAUUUUGUAAAUCUUAAUCUUAGUAUUGCUCUGUGCUUUCAACUGUCACCUUGACAACAGGGCUAAAACAAAAGUUGACUUUGACCUUUUUGAAACUGCUGUUACCUGUUUGCCUAAUUUUCCUCAUUCUGCAGUUCAGUGAAAUUAUUUAAUACAGUGGAAUGUGCAAACCUUUCUUUGACAUGCUGCAUCAUUGUGAUGUCACACAUCAAAGAUGUAUUGGAGAAUUUAAUCAAGUAUUAAAGACGCCAUAUACGUUUCUCA